AAACUAUAUUUGACUAUCAGAUGCAGCAGUUUGGACUUAUCCAAACAUCUUUUACGUCUUCAGUUUGUAUCAGACUUUGGAUUUACUAAGAAGUUGAGUAUGCUUUGAUUUCCUUAGGAGCUUCAUCUGGACCUUUAAACGAUCUACCAUCAACUUUGAAAAUGCAGCGUAUGACUACAUGGCUUCACCUCCUCCUCCUCCUCUUCCAUCCCCUGACCCAAGUUCACCCGGAGGAGGUGGAUAAAGUGCCCGUGGAGGUCAUUGUUGACAGCUCCCCCUGCAGCACCACCUGCGGGCUGGGCAUUAAAACUCAAACCAUGUGCUUCCUAAAGGACGGUGAGACGGCGAUGGAAGAGGAUGCGAGAAGCAAAGAUGGAGCGGAGCUGUCGAAGGAGUGUCGUGUUCGGAAGGUGAAGUGUCAGGAGUCGUGGCAGUGUGGACUCAGGACGAUGACCGUGACGUCAGGACAGAGAGUGGAGAUGGACUGUGUGGAAGAAAUCAUGGAGGCGAUGGGGAAGUUCUCCUGGAGGGUGUCAUGGCGUUACGCCCGAGGAAUAAUCAGCUCUGAUGACACUCUGUUUACUCGUCGGGAUGCUCCUCUUCUGGACCGAGUGGUUCUGGACCCUGUCACGGAGGAGGAUGCAGGUACUUACCGCUGCGAUGUGCAGGACGCCUCCUUCCGCAGGGUGAAGAGGGUAUACUGGGGAAUCCACGUUCUGCCCGACGGGUUUCUCAAUCUCGACUACGAAAGCUCUCUGGCCCAGUGGAACUCAACUGGAAACCAGACCGUGCCGGACCAGCAUGUCAGAAGGAAGCGCUGGAUUUACGCAGUGCUGAUCACUUAUAGCAUCACAUGCGUCAUUGCACUGGUCAUUUUGGUGGUUUACUGGAGAGAGAAGAGGAGAGUGCAGACAUCCAGAGAUAUUCAAUGGUCUGAACUCAUACAAGCAGUCCCUCAACUAAUGCGCGAUGGAAGGAAGACAGCUCUCUCAAGAACCACUUUAAAGCUCCCUUUGGCUUAAAGGUCCAGUGUGUUUAGGAGGAUCUGCCUAUCUAUUGGCAUCAUGGAUUGCUAAUGCUGGCCUACAGAGUUCUCUCCAGUUCUGCACCCACCUACUUGAACGCCCUUCUACAGUACCGGCAUAUGUUACCUCCUGACUGUUGUGCUGUGCCAAUGAAUGACACCUGGCUCUGCCACCUGUAUGCUGAGGGUAAUUCAAACUUAUUCCCCAUUGGUAGAAUGUCCUACCAGAUCAUGGGCGUCACUCUCUACCUUCACAAACCUCCUGAAGACCUCCAGCUCUUCAGAGAGGACCUCCUCCCCAACACGAGCUGUGCUGGAAGUUCACAGAGCUUCACACAGAUAUAGUUAUAGGUCGCCCAGACCUAGUGUCAGUGAGUCCAUGAGGUGUCAUGUGUGUCUGUAUCAGGAGAUGGCAGUGUUGGUUCAUAAAAAGGUUUUGAAGCGGGCACGGCGGGACUCAGCUGUCACAGUGGAACCAACCUGAUUAAGCAGGAGAAAGAGAAGAAGAAGCCUCGAAGAGUUUACGCUCAUUACACAGCAGAAAACAAAAGACUGUCGGAUGGAUCAAACAUGUAGAGGCAGCUCAUUUACUAAUGCUUCAUAGAGCGGUUAUCAGUCAUGAUAACUGAGGUUUAUCAUUCAGAUGUUUGAGGGUUUUGAAUGAAAAAUAUAAAUGGUUAAUAAAUAGAUUUUAGUCUAGA